UCCUUUUGGCUGCUCCUUGCCGUUUGCUUUCGUCUCUCCACCGGAGGACCAGUCGUUUCUUCUGCUUCCGAGGAUGACACAACGACUGUGACCUUGACCAAGACGCACCUUACCUCUAUUGUUGUGACUCGCAACAUCUCGGCCACCACCACCAUUCCCGUCACAUCCAGCGCCUCCCCGACCAUCACGAAUACCUGGACGGGCAAAGACUACACUGAUGUAGCUGAUCUCCUUCGGUGCCAGGCUGAGCAUGAUGUAUAUCGUUCAAAACAGAACAGCUGGUGGUCAGGGCAAGACUUGUUCCCUGAAACCAGCUACAUGGAGACAACCUCAAUAUGGUUGGGCAACUCAAGCAGACCUGUGUCAACACUUUGCGAUGGCUGGCCGCGAGCUCCGGGCUCAGGCUUGUCCUAUGUUUCAUCCAUGGUGACUAGGAAAGUUUACAAUCCUCCUUCCUACACCGGCCCGACGCCAACGUGCCGAUACAACUAUCACGGAUGCGAGCUGAUGGUCUUGUCGUACCUAGAGGAAUAUUCGAGGGUGGAAUCCAUAAGUACCGCCACACGACCACGGUCUCCUGCAUGUGUCAUGGACAUGUCGCAAUGCUUGAUGCCCGUUGGCGAUUUCGGCUGCCGACUCGAUGCUGGCCAUGUCCGGCUGCUCUACUGGGCCCAGUCCAAAGACCCUUCGGCUCUCUGCGUUAACAACACUCACCCCGUUACUUCUCCCCCUCCCACGACCGAGCCUGUCACUGCCGUAUACGAUGGCCAUACCCUUACCUCGCCUACUGUCUACCUUUCUUUUGAUCAUCUCGAAGGCAACUUGUGCUUUAGCGAAUAUUCAAACACAAUCAUCGGCGUACCCUCAAACUCCAUCUCUAGCAUCCGCUUCGCUUCCAAAGCCUACUUGUCAAGGACUCUUUCAAUGAACUGGGCUGACCUCGAGUACCCCGUCCCUGCUUCUGCAUAUACUGGAAUGAUGGAUUGCUGGACCUCCGCCUGGGAUGGCAAGCACAAGGAUAAUUGCGCUACUAGCUACGACGAGGACUACCUGCCCCACCUUGCUCUCCCUACAGACGGUGCUCUGUAUAAAGGUCUUGAUCCUGCUUUUGCAAAUUGUUCCAGUGUUAGCUGGCGCAAAUACGUCCUCGAUCCACCCCAAUCGAUGAAAAGAGCGGACCAUCUUUAGAGAUGAAACAAGCUAAUGCCCUGCUCCGGUACACCUAGCAGGGCUUACGGGGUUAAAUCGUCCAGGUCGAUUUAUAUUCUUAACCUGUUAAAGGAAAGAAUGGACUGAGGAUCUCGGUUCGACGGAUAUCCGAAUCGGAAAGGACAGCUCCAUGAAAGUAUCACGGAAUGAGAUAGGAAUAAGCUAAAAGGAAAUACAACCAUGUACCGU